UAUGACUACGUGUGUGUGCUCGCGCUCGUUGCGGCUGUGGCCCACUCCGUGCUCUUUGACUCUGUUGGCCUUAUAAGGCAUCCGGCGUCAUGGCAACGGCGGGGCUUGAAUAGCAGUGUCAAAUCCCUGAGCACACAGACACACGCUUACUCUCCCUAAAGGGGGAGACCGAUCCGAGAGAGGCAGACAGAGCCCGACUGAGGCGGAGAGGAGGCUGGGUGCUCUUCACACAACGCUCUGCCUUCCACUGGAGCUCCGUGACCUGCUUUUUCCUGCUUCUUUGACUGAUUUAUUCCUAUUGGAGGAGGAGGAGGAAGAGGGGGGAGAGAAAGGACGACACAGCGCAACAGUACACCCCGACUCCCUGGCAGGGAAUGUGAAGAGGUUCUGGCCUAUGCUUGUAACUGUCGGAUGGACAGUGACUUAACAAGACGGGCAAGAAAAAAAAGCGUCUCAAGGGAGGUCGACUUCAUUUUUCCCCCUUUUUUCUUUUCUUUUUUCAUUUGUCUUGUGACAUUUGAGCCUUUCCAGCAGAGUUGGAGGCGCUCUAAGAAAACAGAAGUCAACUUCAGACCGGAGGACUAAUGAAUUUAGUUGCCUCAGAAACCACAGAGGCAUUUUUCCAGGAGAAAGAGGGAGUGUGUUGUCUUUCUCAGACCGCUCUGGUUUGAAUAAAACGCCUGCAGCCAGUGUCAGCAUUCUUAUGGAUUAUUAUUGGGAGGGUUUUUUUGCAUCAUAGAUCAGUUUUUGGGUCCAUCCCUCCCCAGUAUACGACACAUUUGAUUUCUUCUCCAAAGUUUCCGAGUGGAUGAACAUUUGUGGGGCUUAUUACCCCCCCCCCCCGCGACCCUCCUCAUCAGUGUCACCUCUGCCUCAACAACUCAAUAGUGAGUCUGGACUAGAGCUGGCCCAGAUCAGCAGAUAACACUUCAGCAUUGCACGGAAACUGGUUGGACAAGUUUGGAAGUUGGAGCAGAGGGCAGGGUAGUUUAACCCUGCCUGAAGGAGAACUCUGUUUUAUUUUCCUCCCACUUGUCCUUUUGGAAGAAAGCAGUCACGCACAGAGAGUCACAGUGGCUGUUGGCUUCUUUGCCACUAUGCUGAGGGAAAAGCUGAGUUUGUGCUUCUCAGAGGAGGAACGUCUGUGAAUGGAAGGGAGAAACCAGAGUGGGAGAUUAAGUGUAAUUUAUUGUUUCCUGGGCUAGAGCAAGCUGCGCCUUUUUUUUUCUUCUCCCGCCUGAACUCUGAACCACUCAAUGUGCGUGUAAAGUUUUCUCAGGAGCCAUUGAUUGGAGGUCAGGGCGGCAUACACGAGGGUGAAAGGCAAGAACAGAGGGAGCGGCCAGAUUACAGAGGACCAGAGUGCGCCGGGAAGGAUUGCCGGGUCAAUCCAAACAGAGCACAAAGGAGGGAAAGGUCAUCGCAGAGGCAACUUUUCAUCCUUUUGCCUCAAAUCUGCCUUCAAGAUCAACGCAUCGUCACGCGGGUUGACUUUUUUUGACUCGGAGCGUAGUUUAAAGCCAGGGCGGGUCAGUGUAUGAUCCACUCGGAGAAUAUGGCCAUGGUAAGCGGGGGAUGGGGCAACCCCAACGGUGACGCGUCAGGACUGGAGGAGAAGGUCUACCUGCGCAGGGAAGAGGAGGAGGGCUCGCCCCGCGCCGGAAGCAGCGAUGUGGACAUCGCCGACGAGGACAAGGCCUGCGUGCUGGACUGCGUGGUGUGCGGCGACAAGUCCAGCGGGAAGCAUUACGGCGUGUUCACAUGCGAGGGCUGCAAGAGCUUCUUCAAAAGGAGCAUCCGACGCAACCUCAACUACUCCUGCAGAUCAAACCGGGAAUGCCAAAUCGACCAGCACCAUCGCAACCAGUGCCAGUUCUGUCGACUGAAGAAAUGUUUCCGUGUUGGCAUGCGCAAAGAAGCUGUCCAGAGGGGUCGCAUCCCACCUUCCCACAUAGGUAUCAGUCCCAACUCCCAACGAGCUGGCGGAGUCGGAGGCGUGUUACCCGGUCAUCUUGGGGCAGAUUACUUCAACAGCCAGCCGGUGUCGGAGCUCAUCUCCCAGCUGCUUCGGGCCGAGCCGUACCCCCACAGCCGCUAUGGGACCCAGUACGGCCAAGCGCAGAUGGGGGCUUCUGCGAGCGGAGCCCCCGUCAUGGGCAUCGACAGCAUCUGCGAGCUGGCUGCCCGGCUCCUCUUCAGCACCAUCGAGUGGGCCAGAAACAUCCCGUACUUUCCAGAGCUUCCAGUUUCAGAGCAGGUCGCACUGCUGAGACUAAGCUGGAGCGAACUUUUCAUUCUCAACGCAGCGCAGUCUGCUUUGCCACUACACAUGGCCCCCCUGCUGGCAGCGGCUGGCUUCCACUCGUCCCCUAUGUCUGCUGAGCGAGUGGUGUCCUUCAUGGACCAGGUCAGGGUCUUCCAGGACCAAGUGGACAAGCUCAACAGACUGCAAGUGGACACGGCGGAAUACAGUUGCCUGAAAGCCAUUGCUCUCUUUUCACCUGAUGCAUGCGGUCUGACUGAUCCAGCCCACGUGGAGUCCCUGCAGGAGAAGGCCCAGGUGGCCCUGACUGAGUACGAAAGGUUGCAGUACCCUAAUCAGCCUCAGCGCUUCGGCCGCUUGCUCCUGCGCCUGCCGGCUCUCCGCGCCGUGCCGGCUAACCUCAUCUCUCAGCUCUUCUUCAUGCGCCUGGUUGGCAAGACCCCUAUCGAGACUCUGAUCCGAGACAUGCAGUUGUCAGGGAGCUCCAUCAGCUGGCCCUACGCCCCGGGACAGUAGGGAACCUGCGGACAUGUUGAGAGCAAACGGGAGGAUAGAGAGAACAUGAAAAUGCAGGAUAUUAGGUCAAUUUAUUUGCAGCACUUGUGCGCUUAUAGGCUCUGGUCUUCAUCAGAUGUGUCUUUGUCUCAUUCUGGACUGCAAAAAUUAAAAUGCAGAGCUAGGCCAUGAGCACAUAACUACCUCCUCCCACAUCAUCCUUAAUGUGACUGAGCUUGAUCCCCUUGUGUGUGUGUGUGUGUGUGUGUGUGUGUGUGUGUGUGUGCGUGCGCGCGUGAACAUUGUCUGCUUCGUCCAAUUGAAUCCACAGCAUCACCACAUCAUCAACUUGAGUAGGUCGCUUCAGGUCUCUUCAGACUGGAUCAGUUGUUACCAAAUGU